GUGUUAGUCUUUAACGAGUCUUUGAACAUUGAAGAUGCCGAUCAUCGACAACGAGCUCAUCGGUGAGGGAAGUUCAGGUGAAUUCCAAAUUCCCAAUGUCCCUCUUGGUAUUUUUAUCGAAACGUCAAUUCGAAAAAAUGUUGAAGCCCACGGCAAUUCAAAAUGGCUAACGGAUGUUUCGACAGGUAAAUCGAUGACUUACCAUCAAUUGUUCCAGAGCAUGAGAUCAGUGGCAUCCGGGCUGCGCAAGAGAGGCUUCCAGACGGGUGACAAGUUAGUUGUGAUUGGUUCCAACUUUAUUGAAAUUCCUUUGGUAUCACUGGCCGUUUGGCGAGCCGGGGGCUCUCAAGCCUGUCUCAGCGUGAACCUGUCUCACGAUGCCAUUGAUCAUCGCAUGAGAGAGAUUGGCAACAAGUUUGUACUAACCGAUUACGCCAGAGCUGGUCGGAUCGUUGACGUUGUCAAAGGACUGGAUUUUGUACGAGAAGUGUUUGUAAUCGGAGAUGAACCCGUGACUGGCUGUACCCAAUUUAACGAGUUGCUAAAAGACCCCGGAGAUGAAUGUCCUGAAAAUCUGGAUGAUGUCGACAUGAGUUCUAUGGCCUGGCUUGCUUACACCAGUGGGACAACGGGAUUGGCCAAAUGCGUCGUUAUGCCACAUAAAACAGUCGUUGGAUCGUUAUCACGUUUUAAACCGUCGGAUAAUCAAGUUGGCACCAAAUUUCUUUUUGUUAAUCCAAUGAACAACACUUAUGGACUAUCACUGCUGCUAGGGAUGACACUGGGGUGUCGUGACAUCUACUGCUUGUCGGAUUUUAGUGAAGACAAUUUACUCUCUGCCAUUCAGCAAUUCAAGCCGGUGGCAAUAAGCUUGUUUCCGGCUCACAUCGCUUGGCUUUGCAAGCAUCCGCAUUUGAACAAAUUCGACUUGUCGAGCGUUAAGACCGUUUCCAUCGCGGGAUCGUCCAUUAAUCCUGCGUACGAGCGCCAGAUAUUCGACAAGCUGCCCAACCUGCUCUUCCUUAACAAUGCAUACGGUAUGACCGAAGUCGGGUUGACUUGCCAACAUCCCACACCAACAGACUGGGCGACGUUGGACAAAUCUCAAGCUAUAGCAAGGCACGUUUUUCGUUCGGUUGGAAUAGUGGGGCCAUUCUGCAAACUCAAGGUGAUUGACUGCGAAACGGGUGAAAAACUCGGCCCGAAUCAAGUGGGGGAGAUCUGCUUGCAAUCGCCUUUCAUGUUGAAAGAAUAUCUCAACAGACCGAAGGAGACGGCUGAAUUCAUCAGAGGCGGAUGGGCCCAUACUGGCGAUAAGGGCUACUAUGAUGAGAAAGAACACGUUUACGUCAUAGGCCGCUACAAGGAACUCAUCAAGUAUCGUAAUAUCCACGUGGUGCCCACCAACGUUGAAAAAUACUUGAUGGCCCAUCCUGCUGUCGAGGAUGCGGCUGUGGUUGGACUUCCGCACGACAUUGACGGCGAAUGGCCGUUGGCGUUCGUCGUUUUGUCACGUGAGAUGCACGUAACGGCCGAGGAAUUAAUCGCUUACAUGAACGAGAAAGUUAUGGACGAAGAAAAAUUGCGGGGUGGAAUACGAUUUACCAACAAAAUCCCUCGAAACGAUUUGGGGAAAAUAAUUCGGCCGGAGCUGAUGAAAUUGCUGCAGUUGUAACGAUAUAAAACUUCAGAAUCCUUUGUCAGAGCCUCAGAGGGUAUUUUUUAAAAAGCAAGUUAGUGUCACGUCAGAUAUAUAUUUUUUAAAUACAAAUGCGAUCAGCCAAACUGAAUUUUGCCAACUUCAUUUAAACUUCAAUAUUAGUGUCUAGCGACCACGAUUUAUCUUUGCGUCUAGCUUUUUCAUG